AUGAGAAAAGCAAGAUAUUGCUUUUUUUUUAUAAGAGAUAAUUAUUGUAAAAAUUUCCAAGAAAAUACAUUCCCUUUACAUAAAAAAACAUUUAUAAAAAACAAAAUCUUUUUACACAUCAAUCCAAUUUCAGAAUUAAAAAAACGCGAAUUGAUAAAUAAUAUUACUAGUCCAGAGAUAUUAAAUAAGAUCGAUAAGCCAAGGACAAUUUAUUGUGGGUUAGAUCCAACAGCCAAAAGUUUACAUUUAGGAAAUUUAUUAACUUUAAUUGGAUUAUUACACUUUAACAUUUGUGGACAUCGUAUUAUAGCUUUGAUAGGCGGAGCAACAGGAUUAAUUGGAGAUCCAUCAGGUAGAAAAUCAGAAAGACAAACAUUACCAAUAUCAACAAUAAAAGAAAAUGUUAAUUAUAUUGAAAUACAAACAAGAAAAAUCUUUAAUAAUAGUAGAGAUUAUGCAAAAAAAUAUGGACAUGAAUUCAAUAAUAAUAAUCAAAAUGAUGAUGAUAUUUUAAUACUUAAUAAUAUCAAUUGGUUUAAGAAUAUGCCAGCUUUAGAUUUAUUAAGCGAUAUUGGGAGAUAUUUUAGAUUGGGAGGAAGUGAUCAAUGGGGAAAUAUUACAUCAGGGAUAGAUUUAAUUAAUAAAAAGAGAUCUGAGAAUAUUAAUAAUGUUGAUGUUUAUGUUGAUAAACAAUCAACUGCUUUUGGUUUAACAAUGCCUUUAUUAACAACUUCAUCUGGUGAAAAAUUUGGUAAAUCAGCUGGUAAUGCAAUUUGGUUAGAUGAUGAAUUGACAACUCCUUAUGAAUUUUAUCAGUAUUUUAUGAAAGUAACUGAUCUAGAUUUAAAAAAAUAUCUUCAAAUGUUUACACUUUUGGAUUUGACAGAAAUUAAAAAAAUUAUAGAAAAACAUAUGUAUGGUUCAUUUCCAUUGAAAAAAACUCAUUAUGGACAAGAAAUAUUAGCAUCUGAAGUAACAGAAUUGGUACAUGGAAAAUCAGGUUUAAAUGAGGCAAAAUUAUCAACAAAAAUUUUAUUUAAUUCUCCAGAAAUAAUAAAUUCUCAAUUAUUAUUAUCAACAUUUGAAAAUAACAAGAAUCAACUAAUUAAACUAUCAAAAACCUCAGUGAUAAACAGUACAAUAGAUAAAUUGUUGGUAUUAUCAGGUGUAUGUAAGUCACGUAGUGAGUCAUACAAAGUAAUAAAAUCAGGUGGAUUGUAUUUGAAUAAUGUUAGAAUUGAAGAUGUGAAAUAUUUGAUUGAAAUUAAUGAUUUUUUUGAUGGUGUUGUUUGCAUUUUAAGAGUUGGAAAAUCUAAAUAUAAAUUAGUUCAAAUUGUUGAUUAA